GCAAAUGCAAAUUGAAUGAGCAGCAAAAUCACUAAACCUGUACCUCUCACGUUGGUUCAACGCAAUUGUUUGCUAGGGAACUUGAAGUUUCUCAAUUUUUGCCACCAAAAGGAUAUUGAUUGUGCCUACUGAGAAAGUUUUCUAACCACUAAUCCUAAAACUUUUAUUCGUAAUAAUAGAAUUUCUUGACUAUUUAAUUUAUUUUUCUUUAUUUGUUUUUCGUUAUCCAAUUAAAUCAUUUACAAAUUAGAAUCUUGUCUUCUCAACGACACCGUUUGCAAGCAUUGCUAACAGAAUAACUGUCUAACACAUUUGAAAGGCGCAAAGAGAGUUAUAUCAAAAACAGAUAGAGAGAGGCAGAGAGAAAGAUGGCGACGAGCAACGAGAGGGAUGAAAGGAGAGCGAGAUUCUCAGCGAAAGGGUUGAAUCGCAUGUCUCACAUCUCCUCGGGAAGGACCCAAAGCAUCUCCUCUUCUUCCUUACCACCUCUUGAUCAUGAUCAUCUGCCUCCAACAUCACACCUCCUUGAUCAAACCAAUGAUGCAAAGAAACAAAGCUCUGAUGCACAGGGAGAGGGAGCCAGGGAUGAACGAAGGAAAAUUGAAGAACAAGGGUUGAAUCUCACAUCUCACAUGAGAGGCCAAAGCCAAAGCAAUCCUCAAACUCUUGAUCAUAGUGCAUUGUUCUCCAACUAUCAUCAGGCACCACAAAUAUAUUUAUCUGAUCAAAUUAGUGCUGGACCUGUGAUUGUGGGGGACGCCUCUAGUUCUAGUUAUCUUAAUCAUAGAGGUAGCUAUGAAAUUUCAGGGGCAAACUCUCUUGAUGUCGGAGGCCAAGCUGAACUAAAAUUGCAGAAACAGGGAAGUGAUAAAGAUGCAAUUUCUGCUCUUGUUGUGGGAGAAAGGGGUGAAUUACAGCCAUUGCAAGAGGCAUCAUCACUCCAAAAGGCAUCAAGCAAUGUGGGGCCACUACAAAAACCAUGCUGGAACCAACCUAAUUUUUUCUCUUCCAACCGACUUAAUUCCUGCAUUAUAGCUUCCGAAAGAACACGCAGUUUUUGUGCACUGCUCAUAGCAAUUUUUGUACUUCUGUCUUAUAUUGAUUAUCCCCUGCUUGGAAUGAAUAUAGUCAGGUCGGAGAGCAUUGUAGCCUCAAGGCCUCUUUACAUAAUCCUACUGACUGAUUUGACAGUUGUGCUUGGACGAAUGUUUCUUGACAAGAAAGAAGACUCUGAGGAGGCCGAAAAUAAAAAAGCAGGAUCUCAAAAUAAUAGACAGAGCUGGGCAGGUGCUGUUAAGCUUUUGGAGAGAGGUUUAGUGGCCUAUCAGACAAUCCGAGCACUUUUCAUAGACUGCAGCAUUUAUGCAGUGGUGGUCAUUUGUGGCCUUUCUUUGAUGUAGUUUUUCUUCUAGAUGAUAUCAUUUGUCUCCUCCAGUCUCAGCAAAUUUUGCCAAGAAAUAAUUUCUUUUUUCAAUUCAAUGUUUAUUAACUUUUACGGUAUUCACUGAAGGUCAUUUAUAUUCUUUGGCUGCUGCCAUCUUCUCUUUGCAAUCCUAGUAUGAUUUAGCAUAGAAUCAAAAGGCUAC